GGGGUGUGUGUCAAUGGGACGGACGUGGCUCGCGCGGGUAGGUCUUUUUUACUAACAGCAUAGCCAAGGUAAUGUAGGCAAAAAAAAAGAAUUAUAUAAAGAGCAUGCAGCGAUCACCACUCGAGGAUGAUCAAUCUUGGGCCUUGUCAUCCAUCAGCCCAGUCCAAGCGAGGUCUUCCCUCUUCUCUGCAGCUCCCCUCCCGUGUCGCCUGCUGCCCGGGCCUCCAUCUCCUUCCAUCGUUUUCUUCUCUUCAUCUCUCAUCCCCGAACAGAAAAAGGGCAAUGAAGUUCUUUACUCUCCUGGCCGCCGCCGUCACGGUACUGGCGAGCCCUAUCGAGUUGGAGAGGCGCCAGUCGGACCUUGUUGCCAUCACAGACCAGUUGCUCUACUCGACGUCGCUAUCUGAUUUCAUCGACCGGCGCAACGCUCAAGACCCGCCGACUCUUGACUGGACAUCGGACGGCUGCACGUCAUCGCCCGACAACCCGCUCGGAUUCCCAUUUACGCCUGCUUGCAAUCGUCACGAUUUUGGAUACCAAAACUAUAGGAUUCAGAGUCGAUUCACGCAGAGUAACAAAUUCAACAUUGAUAAUAACUUCCUGCUCGAUCUGAACAACCAGUGCAAUGGUCUAAACAUCAUCGCUAGGGGUACCUGCAGAGCGCUCGCCGACGUCUACUACGCGGCAGUGCGAGCGUUUGGUGGCAAUGACGCCACCCCGGGCAGGAGGAAUGAGGACCUAGAGAAGGAGUACAAGGAGAAGCUGGCAAUCUACAUGGUGUUGCUCGCCGAGGCCAAAAAGGGCAACUACAUUUGAGGGGUAGGGGGGAGAAAAAAAACAAAAAAACAUCGAAGUGAGACAUGGAAAGAGUAAGGUAAUGAUUACGAAAUUUGAGGGCUGGGCCUUCUGGGAGGGGAGGCAGGCAUAUGUAGGUACAUAAUUGUCUUUAAAGACAUCAUCUGCUGGCAUGAAUACAAGCGUGGCUUUCUAAAGCUUUUCACCCAAUUGGGUUUGUUUUUCCGGUGGUCAUGUUCCUGAGCUAGAACGCCAAGCGUCGGGGAAGCAAGGCGAUCCGGGUGAUUGCUGGCGGCACGAGGACGAAUCAAUCAUGGCUGAGAGGAUGCUGAAAAUUAC